AUGCUUGGCGCCCUCAGAAGGAACAAGCGCGAUGCUCGAGCUCGCAACGAUGGCGAUGCCGAUCGUCCAUCCAGGGCCUCGUUGGACGCGCAGCGAGUGCAGGUGGCGCUGCCCAAGGCAGAUGACUGCAUCAUGUACGGGGAGCUGAAGCGACAGAUCGGGGACUCGCAGCACAGGUGGAACGUUAGGGAAGUCAGGCUGACCUCAUAUGCCAUCUCCUUCGGCAAGCCAGGGUCUGAGCACCUGCUGGAUAUGAUUCCACUGCAUGAGGUCUCGAGUAUCACCUUCCAAGACACGACUAGACGCGGAAGUCGCAUGUCGCAAAGGGGAUCACUCAAGAAGUCGUUUCGGCGAGUACCGUCAACAGACUCCUACUCGUUUGACGUGGACGAGGAGGACUUGACGUUUGUCAUUAACCCCAUAAGGAACGGGUACAACCUAGGACGAGCCUGCGUUCUCCGAGCUGAGACUUCAGACUCCUUCUACCAGUGGGUCUCCUGCAUUGAGGCUCAAGUCAACAGGGCAAGGAAAGAGUUCAGGAGGAGGCAGAACCAGACCGUGUUCAAGAAGUAUCAGGUCAAACUGAGGGCCCCAUAUGAAUCAAAUCUCGUCAAGUUGGUGAUGGCCGCUACCAUAUCAGCCGCGUUCAUCACAAGCCUGCUGGACGCAGAGUUUGCGCCUGAAGACAAUACUGAGCUGAGAGAAGCGAUCAACGCCUUGGAAACUUCCUUCACCGUCUUCUUCACCGUCGACCUCUUGACCAACAUGUACGCCAACUGGUCUCGCUGGUUCUUUGCAAACCCCUGGAACAUGCUGGACCUGCUGGUGGUGGUGAUCUCAGUUACCUCGGAGUUCAUCAACAACCUGCCCUCCGUCGCUCUCUUCCGCAUCCUCCGCAUCUUCCGCAUCGCCAAAAUCUUCAGGUGCUGA